AUGUAUGAUGAAGCAAUUAUAUUCUUCUAGAUGGCUAUUUAACUUGAUCCUAAAGACAGCUGGGCAUUUGGACAGCUAGGAUAUUUAUUUAAUGAAAAAAAAAAAUGUAUGAAGAUGCCAUUAAAUCCUUAUAAAAGGCUGUUGGCUGUUUAACUUGAUUCUAAGACAGCAUGGCAUUUGUACAGUUGGGAUAUUCAUUUCAGAAAAAAAUAAAUGUUUGAUGAUGGAAUUAUAUUCUUCUAGAAUGCUAUUUAACUUGAUCCUAACAGUAGGGCAUUUGGAGAGUUGGGAUUUUCAUUUCAGAAAAAAGAAAUUUAUGAUGAUUCAAUUACAUUCUAAAAGAAGGCUGUUUAAAUUGAUCCUAAAUACAGAUGGGCAUUUGGACAGCUGGAUAUUUAUUUAAUGAAAAAAAAAGUAUGA